AUGACCCGCCCGGUCUGCAUUUUGGCGCCUCCCAUAGGGCAGGGUCGUGCGCCGCCACAGCGUGGUGCGCCAGUGAAGCCGGUGCACCAUCGUCUUCCGACGCGGCCUGCUAGAGGCAACCAUACGUGCCGCGCUGCUGAGCAGCCUGCGGCCUGCCCUUCGCGGUGUGCAUUGCUGGCGCCGAUCGGGGCCGUGGGCCGCCGUCGAAGCCGGGCUGUGGGGCGGGCAAGCAACAAGGAUUUCGACGGCAAGGCCAUGUUGAGCGCUGCGGGGCCAGACAUGGACAGCGCCAAGUCAGCAAUGGAAAAACUGACCAGGCACCGAUGGGCUCUUGGAAUUGCUGUUGGUCAGAUCAUUGCUGUUGUGGGUACUGUCUCAGGUGGGGUCAAUAGCACAAUAGCCACAUCCAGUCUUUGUGGCCCUGUGUGCUUUUAA